AGUAAAUUAAGCUUAGCAGAACGUCGUUGGCUUAUUUUGGUAUUUUCAUUUUGGGUUGGUGCAUCAACGCAUUUCAUUUUAAUUAAUUGGGAUCUUGGUAUAUUUCCGCCACCACCGUUAUAUUCACCAACACUUGUAGCAUUACUUUUUGAGUUCCUUGGUCCAAUGCUAGCUUAUGAUCGACCAUUACUUCUUUUAAAUACCAUUGGUAUUGCAUCAUGUGUGUGUUUCAUGUAUGCUUAUAUUUAUGCUUGUUUCACUUUUACCUAUUUUUAUACCUCUCUGAUAGCAAUUGCAUCGUCAUUUUAUAGUAUGCAACAACAUCUUGCUGAUCCAAAAUUAGAACAUGUUCUACUUCCAAUUUAUUCAAUGUACAAUCAGUUAGCGAUAACACUCAUAUUUGGUCACUAUGUCUGGGACCGUAAUCCGAAUGCGGUGAAACCGGAUACGUUGGAAGAACGAUAUACAUUACUGUUACGUCGACUACACUAG